AUGCAAAGUCCGGUGAGGUUUUCAAGUUGCCGAGGAGUGGCGUUUGAGAUCAAACCUCAUUCUAAUCCAUUCACUCUUUCACCAGUCCCAGAGGAGCCAACCGGUAGCAGUAGCUUUUGGUUUUCUUGGUUUCAAGGGAACUCCUCAAAAGUGUUCCCUUCUACUACUAUUCAAAGGUCUGUGAGUCGAGCUAGUAGCCAUUUCUGUGAUCUAGAGGACGAUGAAGAUGAAGAUGACAUCAUUUUCCAAAUAUUGGAAGAAGGAAAACAAGAGGAGAUCAAAGAAUUUACGCCAAACCCACUUCCUUCAGCUAGUAAGCGUGAGCAAGCUCCAAAGCCUGCUCGAAAGCCAGAAUCAAGACUGUCAGUUAUACUUCUCGAUCAAGGCUUGUUCACUGUGUAUAAGCGGCUUUUUGUCGUUUCAUUGACCUUGAACAUUACCGCUUUGGUUCUUGCAGCUACCAGCCACUUCCCAUAUGCAAGAAACAGAGCCGCUCUAUUUUCUAUAGCCAAUAUCCUUGCUUUGACGCUUUGUAGAAGCGAAGCCUUUCUGCGAGUUGUUUUCUGGCUUGCAGUGAAAGUAUUGGGAAGGUCUUGGAUACCUCUCCCAAUCAAGACUGCUACUACCUCUCUUCUUCAGAGUCUCGGUGGUAUACAUAGCAGCUGUGGCGUUGCUUCCAUUGCUUGGUUAAUAUAUGCAUUAGUUCUCACUCUUAAGGACAGAGAAAACACCUCCUCAGAAAUAAUAGCUGUAGCCUCCACUAUUCUAUCACUUCUCUGCUUAUCUGCUUUAGUAUGGGCCUUUGUUAUACUCACCAUCUCUUAUGACCCAAAAACUAAAUCCUACAGCAGCGAACUAGGCUCCAGGUUAAUCAAACAACAGGAGUUCUGGUUUACAGUAGCUAUUACAGUUCUAAUUAUAAUUCCAUGGGUGACUGUUAGACGCGUACCUGUCAAACUAUCCUCUCCUUCAGGUCAUGCCUCUAUAAUAAAAUUCCAAGGGGGAGUAAAAUCCGGUAUUCUUGGAAGGAUUAGUCCAUCGCCAUUUUCCGAAUGGCAUGCUUUUGGAAUAAUAUCUGAUGGGAAAACUGAGCACAUGAUGUUAGCUGGUGCAGUUGGGGAUUUCACGAAGUCUUUAGUCUCAAACCCACCAAGCCAUUUGUGGGUUAGACAAGUGCACUUUGCAGGCUUGCCUUACUUGGUGAAUAUGUACGACAGAGUUCUUUUAGUGGCUACAGGUUCAGGUAUUUGUGUGUUCUUGUCGUUUCUUUUGCAGCCAAGCAAAGCUGAUAUUAAAGAAAUGAUGAGCGGACAUCCUAAAGACAAGGUAAUUGUGCAUGAUACGGCUGUUUUGGGUCGGCCUAAUGUGUCUCAAAUGAGUGUUGAUACUGCUAAAAAAUGGGGAGCUGAAGUAGUCAUUGUUACAAGCAAUCCUGAAGGAAGCAGGGAUGUGGUCAAUGCUUGUAAGGCUGCUGGUAUUUCUGCCUUUGGUCCUAUCUGGGAUUCUUGAUUUCAAUAUUGAGAGAACAGUUGUAUUAUAUUUGUUGUAUUAUG